CCCUUUUUUUUUGUUUUUGGUCAGAAACUCAUUGAAAAUCACGAAAGAAGCCCACAUCACAGGCCGGUGCAAAAUACAACGGAACAGAGGUGCUGGAAAAAACUGCGAUUUCAAACUCCCUGAAAACAAAAAACGAGUUUAAUGGAGUCGACCCAAUCCAAACCCGGCCCACUGUGCAAUCCCGAAGGCUCGCAGAGAACCCUGUACCCAUAUGUAACUGGUACAUCUGUUGUGGCUCUCAAGUAUAAAGAUGGAAUUUUGAUGGCUGCUGAUAUGGGAGGUUCUUAUGGCUCUACCCUGCGAUACAAGAGUGUGGAAAGAAUGAAGCCAAUUGGAAAGCAUUCUCUUCUUGGUGCAAGUGGAGAAAUAAGUGACUUUCAGGAGCUCUUACGUUAUCUUGAUGAACUUGUCCUGUAUGACAACAUGUGGGAUGAUGGGAACUCUUUGGGACCUAAAGAGGUGCACAACUAUUUGACCCGUGUGAUGUACAAUAGGCGUAACAAGUUCAAUCCAUUGUGGAACUCUCUUGUCCUCGGUGGAGUGAAAAAUGGACAGAAGUACCUUGGCAUGGUUAGCAUGAUAGGUGUAAAUUUUGAGGACAAUCAUGUGGCUACGGGAUUUGGAAAUCACCUUGCACGGCCUAUUCUUCGUGAUGAGUGGCAUGAGAACUUGACUUUCGAAGAGGCUGUAAAGCUGCUGGAGAAGUGCAUGCGUGUCCUUCUCUAUCGAGAUCGGUCUGCUGUGAACAAGCUUCAGAUAGCUAAAAUCACCGAAGAAGGCGUAACAAUUUCACAGCCCUACUCUUUGAAGACAUUCUGGGGUUUCUCUGCGUUCGAGAAUCCAACAUUGGGUGCUGAAGGAUCGUGGUAGAGAGCCAACUAGGAGCUACUGUUUGAUGAGCUACUGUUUGAUGCGUUUCUCGAGUUGUUGGAAUGCAUUGUGCACAAUGUGUGCUAAAUUGAACUACUUUCCCUGAAGCAUUGCAUGUUCAAGACAAAUUGUAAACCUUGAAAGACGAAAGAGAUUCAUAGAAUUUCACUUCCAGAGUUGCCCAGAAAAUAAACCAGAACCAUAAGACGGUCGAGAUUUUCGCUCUCUUUAUGUUACAUUGGAAGAAAUUAUUUUUGUCAUAUAUUUCUUUACCCUCAA